GCCUCCGUGGACGCCCUGGCGGUGGAGCUGCUCCAGGGGGGGAAGCGGCUCCUGUCGCCCCGCAGCCCGGCUGCUCAGGCCGACAACCCCCGCCCGGGGUACGGCCAGUGGGGGCCCUAUAUGCACGACUGGAAGGCCCCGUUCCCCGCGGACAACGUCUGCGUCAAGUGCGUGGGAGGCUUUGCGAUGAAGUUCAACCUCUGGAACACGGCGACGAACCGCGUCUCGCAGUGGAGCCCGACGAUGAGCGCGCAGAGGACCAUGUGCCUGAACGUCACCGAAGCGUUCCUGGAGGCUACCGAGAACAAUCCAAUAUCGCCGAGGAUUUACAUCAAAGGUGCCUUCGACAGCCUGAUGGAGGUCGCCAUUCAGACCGUCCUCUACGUGCCAGGGGUGAGUGUCACAGCCGAUUACACCUGCUACGGCUCAACCACGUCAUUCUACUGCAACCUCGCAGAUCCCUGA